AUGCAUCACAUUUUUGCAGCCCGCAGGCCUCUUGAAGCCCAUAAGGCUUCUUGCAGGCGCUUGUUAUUUUGCUGCCUUUUUCUUUCUUUCUUUCUUUCUUUCUUUCUUCUUUUAUAUUUUCUAGUGCCUUUUUUCUUUCUUUUUCUUUUUUUCUUUGGUCUUUCUUUCUUUCUUUCUUCUUUUAUAUAUUUCGUAGUGCCUUUUUCUUUCUUUCUUUCUUUCUUUCUUUCUUCUUUUAUAUAUUUCUGCCUUUUUCUUUCUUUCUUUCUUUCUUUCUUCUUUUAUAUAUUUCGUAGUGCCUUUUUCUUUCUUUCUUUCUUUCUUUCUUCUUUUUUUAUAUUUCGUUUUUCCUUUUCUUUGCCUUUUUCUUUUUUCUUUCUUUCUUCUUUUCUUUUUCUUUUAUUUUUCUUUCUUUCUUUUUUUCUUUCUUUUCUUUCUUUUGAUUUUUUUUAUUUCUUUUUUUUAAGGACAUAUUUUUUUCUUAAAUCCUUUUUUCUUUCUUUUAUUUUAUUCAUUUUCUUUCUUUUCUUUUAUAUAUUUCUAUUCUUCUUUUAUAUAUUUCGUAGUGCCUUUUUCUUUCUUUCUUUAAUUCUUUCCUCUUUUGACGCAACUUUCACUUUUUUUUCUUUUCUUUCUUUCUUCUUUUAUAUAUUUCGUGAUUACCUUUUCUUUCUUUCUUUCUUUCUUUCUUCUUUUAUAUAUUUCGUUUCGCCUUUUCUUUCUUUCUUUCUUUUUUUUUCGUUUCUUUUUCUUUUUUUAUUUAGUUCUUUAUAUUUUUUCUUUCCUUUCUUUUUCUUUUCUUUCUUUCUUUCUUUCUUCUUUUUCUUUUCGUAUUCUUUUUCUUUCUUUUUCUUUCUUUCUUCUUUUAUAUUUUUCGUGCCUUUUCUUUUCUUUCUUUUCUUCUUUUAUAUAUUUUAUUCCUGUUUUUCUUUCCUUUCUUUCUUUCUUCUUUUUUAUUUAUUUGCCUUUUCUUUCUUUCUUUCUUCUUUUUUAUAUUUCAUUUGCUUGGUUUAUUCCUUUUUGCUUCUUUUUCUGUCCUUUUCGUCUGUUUAUUGCUCCUUUCAUUUUCUUUUCUUUUCUUUUCGUUUUGCUUUUGUUUCCUUUCUUUUUUUUCCUUUUUCAUUUUGGUUUUUUUCCUUUUUUUUUUUUUUUCCUUUUUCGUUUUGGUCUUACUCCGUUAUUUUUUCUUUCCUUUUUUUUUGUUUCUUUCUUUUUUUUCUUUCUUUUUCUUUUCUUUUCGGUUCUUUUACAUUGCUUCUUUUUUUUCUUGCCUUUUUUCUUUUUUUUUGCUUUUCUUCCUUUCUUUUCUUUCCUUUUCUUUUCGUUUUGCUUUUCUUCCUUUUAUUCUUUUCCUUUUCUUUUUCGUUUUGCUUUUGUUCCUUUCUUUUUUCUUUCCUUUUUCAUUUUGGUUUUCUUCCUUUCUUUUUUUUUUUCCUUUCCUUUACGUUUUGGUCUUACUCCGUUAUUUUUCUUUCCUUUUUUCUUGCUUCUUUCUUUUUCUUUUCUUUCUUUUCUUUUCUUUUCGGUUCUUCUUGCUUCUUUCUUUUUCUUGCCUUUUCUUUUCGUUUUGCUUUUCUUCCUUUCUUUUUCUUUCCUUUUCUUUUCGUUUUGCUUUUCUUCUUUUUUUUUUUUUUCCUUUUCUUUUCGUUUUGCUUUUGUUCCUUUCUUUUUCUUUCCUUUUCAUUUUGGUUUUCUUCCUUUCUUUUUUUUUUUCCUUUCCUUUACGUUUUGGUCUUACUCCGUUAUUUUUCUUUCCUUUUUUCUUGCUUCUUUCUUUUUCUUUUCUUUCUUUUCUUUUCUUUUCGGUUCUUCUUGCUUCUUUCUUUUUCUUUCCUUUUCUUUUCGUUUUGCUUUUCUUCCUUUCUUUUUCUUUCCUUUUCUUUUCGUUUUGCUUUUGUUCCUUUCUUUUUCUUUCCUUUUCUUUUCGUUUUGCUUUUGUUCCUUUCUUUUUCUUUUCUUUUUCAUUUUGGUUUUCUUCCUUUUUUUUUUUUUCCCUUUCCUUUUUUUGGUCUUACUCCGUUAUUUUUCUUUCCUUUUUUCUUGCUUCUUUCUUUUUCUUUUCUUUCUUUUCUUUUCUUUUCUUCUUGCUUCUUUCUUUUUCUUUCCUUUUCUUUUCGUUUUGCUUUUGUUCCUUUCUUUUACUUUCCUUUUCUUUUCGUUUUGUUUUUGUUCCUUUCUUUUUCUUUCCUUUUCUUUUCGUUUUGCUUUUGUUCCUUUCUUUUUCUUUCCUUUUCUUUUCGUUUUGGUCUUGCUCCGUUAUGUUUCUUUCCUUUUGUUCUUGCUUCUUUCUUUUCCUUUCCUUUUCGUUAA